GCAUAUGUGCUUUAUCAUUUCACAGCUUCUAUGAGGGUCCUCAAGUGUAUAUCACUGCUACUAUAAGUUUCAGUAUCUCAAACCUGUUACAUUCAGUUUUCUACUGCUAUAAAGUCUUGACUAUGAACUGUGAAUGUGAUUGUCCUUCUGAGAUUUAAGUUUAUAAUGUCUGAGCAUACUUAAAUUUUUUAUUAGAGGUUGCUUAAGUUGAGUAGAAGUCAGAGAAUUGACAUAUAGUAAUUUUGGUAUGGUGAACCACACAAAGUUGAGCUGAAAAAGUUUACAAGGCUGGUUUGAGAGUUGAAAUUGUAAUAUAUGUGUAUGGUUGAUAUGCUAUUCAUCUAAGAAUAUCUAUACUGUUAAUAUACACUUAAGAGGGUCGAAAUCCAGUGCUUUGUAGUGGUGAAAUACCAAGUUUGCCCUCGAAAUAGUGCUGCUGCAGAAUUUGUUUUGUAAAGCCUUCAUUGAACUCUUUUGAGCUUCAAAUUUGUAUUAACCUGCUGUAAACUGUGAAGUAUUAUUGUGAGCAAGUUUUAUAUGAUGAUAGAAAGCUGUGGGAAUUAAAUUCAAGAUGGUUCAGUCUCAAAUUUACAGUUUUACCCCUGGAAACCAGAAUAUUGCAGUUACACUCUUCAGGACAAUUACAAUUUAUUAUUUAGCUGCUGUUUGAGCUGUAGGGUUGAGCCCUAGUUCAUUUAUCUUAUCCCAGCUUUAAACUAAGUGUAAUUCAUUAUUUUCAAGAUGAGAGAGCCCCUGGUUGUUGUGGAUAUGAAGCUUCAUAAGGCAGUGUCUAGUUAGAACUGAAAAUCAGGUUUUAAACCGUAAAAGUGGUUGUGGUGAGCAACUAUUGUGAUAUCUUGCUGUUCUAUUCUUAUCAAUCAUUUGGGCAAGUGUAUUUAGGCUAUUGACUGGGGGAGUGAAGUUUGAGCUGUUUGUCGAGCUAGUUUACAGUUUUACCCUUUGAAGCUACAAAGCUAGGGUUUGUUGAGGUUGAGGCUGUUUAAGUGAUUGCAUUGAGCUACCUUACUUGUUUAUCUAUCUUCAUCAAUUAAGCAAGUGUAAUUUAGUGAUAUACAGCUUUGGGAGCCAUUCACAGGCCUAAACAAAAGCUACAUUGUGAAGAGACCAUUCUACCCUUGAGAUUGUGGUUUAAGUCUUUUGUGAAGUGUCAUUGUUACAUCUUGCUCCAAGUUGAGCAGGGUUAUAUGAAGAUAUCAAGGCUAUGGGUGACAAGUGCAGGUCAGUUCUGAAGCUACAAAGUGAAGUUACUUUUUUACCCUUUGUUUUAGGGUUCAUCUCAUUGUGCACUUAAUGUGAUCUACCUUGCUGAGCUUAUUGAAGAAGACAUUUGUGCAAGUGUUAUUUGGCUAUACAGAGCUGUAGAAGUCCAUUGCAGGCCAUUCUUGGAGAUGCAUUGUGAAGUUACUUCAUUACCCUUGAUUUUAGGUUUUUUGCCUUGUGGGAGCUAUUUUGUUCUACCUUGCUUAUCUAAUUGUGUAUUCCAUACAAGCAAGUGUAAUUGACUUAUUCAAGGUUGUGGGAACCUAGUUUGAUCAUCAAGUGAAGCUGCAUUGUGAGUUGACAGAUCUAUCCCUCUAUUACAGAAAAGUGAAGUUAGGGUUUCUUGUGUUGCUUAGGCUGUGUAUUCAUUCUUAUCUUGUGUUGCUGCUUAAGUAUUCUGUAUUUGGUGUGUUAACACCUUCUUUCAUUUUUGAUUAGCUCUUGGGAGCUUUUAUGUCCAAGCAUAGGGGCUGUGGACUGGGGGAGUGCCUGUGUGCACAUUGUUGAUCUUAUGUGUGUAUAGAGGGAGUGAAAGUCAGUGUCCUAGUGAGUACAAGGUGGUUGGAAAGUGGGGCAACUGAGUGAGUAACUACUUGUAUGCAACAAGUGAAGAUAGUGAGCUAGUGAGUGUGGAUUGGUUGUGAAAGCUAGUAUCUAUUCUUGUUCAAGGGUGUGUGCAGUGAGUGAGAUAUCUGAGUGUGUAACAAGGUUCAUACUACUACUGGAGGCAUUUAUUGGCUGAGGCCAAGAACCAAGGUUUUUCCCUUUUGAAAGGGUUUCCUUGUAUAUCUUGUGUUAUGUGCUUAUUGUGUGUUUGAUUGGUAUUGUUAAUUGAAAAGCAAAAGGUUUAGUAAGACCAAUUCGCCCCCCCUCUUGGUCUAACAAGUGGUAUCAGAGCUCUGGUCUGUAAUUCUAAGGACUUAACAAUCUUAUAGUAAAGACUUGGGUUAAUGGAAGAAGGUCAAUACAUUCACCAAGCUCCUUUGUUUGAUGGUGCUGAUUUUGACACUUGGAAAAUCAAGAUUAAAGCAUAUCUAAUGUCACAAUCCUAUGAUGUGUGGCAUGCUGCCACAAAAGGGGUAUCUAGUCCCAAUGAAGAAGAAUUAUCAAAUGAUUCAAGGGCAAGACAGAUUCUAUUUAGUGGUCUCAAGUACAAUGAACUGAUUAAGGUUGAAAACUAUCAAUCCUCCAAGGAUAUGUGGGACUCACUCAAUUCAAUAUAUGAUGUCAAUGAUGGCUUUGAAGUUCCUGAAUCAUUCAAUGGUGUAAGAACUACUAUGGCAAAUCAAUGGUAUAAAGGUGAAGCUCAAAGAAAUGUGGAUGAAGAGAAUAUUUGUAUUGAAGCCUUCAAGUGUUCAACUUUGCUCUCCUUCUCUCUUAUUGUGUUCAACACUAUUAUGCUAAAGUCAAAGGAAUUCCUAUGGAAGAAGAUAAUAGAAGAUGAAAGUCCUCCAAUGCUUGUGAUAAAUGAAAUGGAAUAUGAGAAAGAUUCAGCUGAUAAGGUGAAUUCUGUUGUUGAUUCACUCAAACACAAGAAGAAAGGGGUAGAAGUUUCAUUAACAAGGUGUUCAUCCUCUCAUGUCUUACAAGAAAGAUGGAAGAAAGUCUUUAACAGAAGGUACAAGAAACAUUUCAUUAAGAUCAAAAUGAUGAAGCCAGCUUGGAAGCUAUCUUCAAUGAAGCUGUUAAUGCAUACAAUUCCUAGGAUCUGUAAUGUAAAAAGGAAAUGGAUUUGGGAUGAUAAUUGCUUAAGUCUUUUGAAGAUAAGGAUAGAACCUCAAACUCAAUGCACUAGUGAAGAAAAAUCAAGACUAUCAAAGUUUGAAAUCUCUUACACAAGAAAUUACUGGCCUCACUAUUCUAUAAAUUCAAGAACUCUCAAGGUUGAAUUAAUUCUAAAAUCCACUCAGCUUCAAAGCUUUACAAGACCACCUCCUCUCAGAGACAAGGGUUUCCAUGAUCAUUGUAUGUUCAUUGUUUUCCAACUUCACAACUCUAUAAGACCUCCUCUCCUCAGAGACAAGAUCUUCAGUUAUUGGUGAAUGUCUUUUGUUGUUGUUUUGCUGGUUCUGUUACUUGGUUUGAAAGAACAAAUGGACUUGAAAUUUGGUCUGUAGCUCAGACAAAUUAAGGACAAGUAAGAGUAUCUGGGGUGUCUUUAUCUUUAAAAAGGUCUUACACAUUCUUUCUUGAGUUGGUAUCAAUUUUCAUAUCUCAAAUCUGCCUUAUUCUUCAAUAUCUGGUGCAUAGCUGCUGUGUAUGUGCUUAUUUGUUUUUCAUCUUGAUCUUACAUGAUUCAUUAACAUUUGAUCAUGUUUAAAAUGGUAUAUCAAGGAUGUACAACCUAUUAUUCAUCUCAGUAUGUUAGCCCUACAUAUAUUGCACUGAAAAACCCUUGUGUUUUAAGGUUUUGGACUGAUUUAUCUUAAAGUUGUGAGGGAACUUUGAUGCACUUGUUAUCUAUGUACUGAACAUCAUUCAAGCAAGUUUAUAUUUUUUAUUCAAGUCUGAAGAGAUUGAAUUAAGGGUUGUGUAGCCUCAAACUUUCAAAUUUGCCCUUUGACAGUAGGCUCCUGCUGUAACUACCUUUGAACAGGGUUUUAGGUUGUAAUAUAUGUAUAUAUAUUGAUGUGCUAGACAUCUGGGCCCUUGUGUGAAGAUCAGUGAAGUGUGUGAGAAUAUCUUCCAAGCCUGUGACAUUGUAAAAUACCAUUUGUACCCUCAAAAUAGACGUAUCACAACAGCAACAAAACAGAACCUGUAGUGAGCUGUUUGGUAUCUGUAUCUAAAGUGAGAGCUAAGAACUGAAAUUAUUCUACAUUGUUCUGUCACUGUGAUCCUCCUCAUAGCAUAUGUAGAAAGGUGAUAAAAGUUUGUGAGAACUAAAUUCAAGCCUGGAACAGUGUUCAAUUUCAACUUUACCCUUCAGUUGAGACAUUAUGCAGAAAUUGUGUUUAGAGACUAAAACUAUUAUAUCAUGCAUGGAUCUUUGUACUAAACAUCUUAGCUUCUGUAUAAUGAUGGUUCAAGGUUCAAAGAUUAUUGUUUAGGCCUAAGGAUCUGCAAAAUUCCAUUUAUUUCCUUGGAUCCUUAAUAUCACAAGUCUAUUAUUUACUGAAAAUUGGCUGAAGUACACUAUCAGUGUUGGUCCUUACUGAAUUCAAUAUGUCAAGCUUCUGAAUUAGUAUUUAACCCUCUUCGAAGUUCAGAAUUUGAAAGUGUUUGUCCCUAUGCCCUUUUGAAUUUCAAUGUCAAAAAGAGGGAGAAUUGAAACUAGAAGAGAGUGUUUGGGGGCUUUGGGGUUUUUGACAUUAAAAGGCAAAAGGGGUAGAUUGUUUGUUCUAUUGGUUUUGCUCUUUUAAUGUCAAAAGAACAAGUGGUUUGAUGUGCUAUCUACUAAGGACUAUUCACAAGGGCAUAAAGGGCAUUUAUGUCAUUCUACAGAAGUAUAUGGUCAACCUAUAUUUUUCUAAGAUAGUGCAUUGUGUAUUAGAGCUGAUAGGUAAAAUUCUAAGGACUUAAAUGUGGCUGUAAAACAGUAUGUGACAUGUGGAGUCUUCAAGGGCAGCAUCGACAAUUCAGCACUGUGAAUAACUUGCUACCACGUAGCCUUGUGGUCCUGCAGUGAGAGAGGAGUACGUAUAUUCAUUGGCUAGUGAUGAAUAAGAUCUUAUCCAUACUAGGGUUUUGGAAUGAACACUAUAAAGGUGCUCUAUGAGCAUUGUGUAGGUCUGCCUCUUUUGAAAAAGCCAAAGGGCUGAAAAUGAGCUGAAAAAUGAAAAACUCUCGAGAGACCAUAUGAAGACAUUUUUGUGAGAGUUUAAUCUAUCAAGAGAGCCUAUUUAAUCCUGAAAAUUCUACUAGCAAAUGUAUACAAUUUGAAGAUGAAGAAUGAUGCUGAUAGAUGCUGAAUUCAUGAUGCAAAUUGAAGUAUAAGAAGGCUCAAAUUUGCUGUGGUCGAUUCUUGAGCUGAAACAAGGUUUGAGCAUAUGUGCUUUAUCAUUUCACAGCUUCUAUGAGGGUCCUCAAGUGUAUAUCACUGCUGCUGGUUGUAUGAAGAUAUCAAGGCUGUGGGCGACAACUGUAGGACAGUUCUGAAGCUACAAAGUGAAGUUACUUCGUUACCCUUGGUUUUAGGGUUUAUCUCAUUGUACACUUAAUGUGAUCUACCUUGCUGAGCUUAUUGAAUAAGACAUUUUUGCAAGUGCUAUUUGGCUAUACAGAGCUGUGGAAGUCCAUUGCAGGCCAUUCUUGGAGCUGCAUUGUGAAGUUACUUCAUUACCCUUGAUUUUAGGGUUUUUGCCUUGUGGGAGCUAUUUUGUUCUACCUUGCUUAUCUAAUUGUGUAUUCCAUACAAACAAGUGUAUUUGACUUAUUCAAGGCUGUGGGAACCUAUUUUGAUCAUCAAGUGAAGCUGCAUUAUGAGUUGACAGAUCUACCCCUCUAUUGCAGAAAAGUGAAGCUAGGGUUUCUUGUGUUGCUUAGGCUGUGUAUUCAUUCUUAUCUUGUGUUGCUGCUUAAGUAUUCUAUAUUUGGUGUGUUAACACCUUCUUUAAUUGUUGAUUAGCUCUUGAGAGCUUUUAUGUCCAAGCAUAGGGGCUGUGGACUGGGGGAGUGCCUGUGUGCACAUUGUUGAUCUUGUGUGUGUAUAGAGGGAGUGAAAGUCAGUGUCCUAGUAAGUACAAGGUGGUUGGAAAGUGGGGCAGCAGAGUGAGUUAUUACUUGUAUACAGCAAGUGAAGAUGGUGAGUUAGUGAGUGUAGAUUGGUUGUGAAAGCUAGUAUCUAUUCUUGUACAAGGGUGUGUGCAGUGAGUGAGAUAUUUGAGUGUGUAACAAGGUUCAUACUACCUGUAGUGCAUGUCAAAUUGGCUAACAAAUUAAGUCUUCAUUUAAAAGAAAAAAAGACAUAA